AUGUCCGUGCUGCUCCUCCUUCUGGGAUUGGUUGCUGCCGACAUCGAUUACACCGAUCACGCUGAUGGCCCGGCUGCGUGCUCGGCCCUGCUCCAGCAGAACAUGCACAACAAGGGGCUUGUGGACAUCGCAUCUGGAAAUCACAUGGGGCAAGCUUCCUCGAUGGCUUUGAACACUACAAAUCCUGGCUGUUCUGAGAUGGGCUGGAAGCUGGUGUUCCGACAGACUCUCCCCUACCUGUGGCAGAAGGAUAUCCUCACAUUGAACGAGUUCAACCCCCGCGCGAGCAAUUUUGCCAUCUUGGACCACCUCGACAAAUACAAAGUUAACGGCAAGUUCCACUUCAAGCUGACAUGGCCGAACAGCGGUUUGGCAGACCAGAUCUGGAAGCAGACCUCUACGCCCACGACCAGCAACCAGGUAACUGGCUAUGAGGUCGUGCAGGUGUCGCACACUGCCCAUGAGUGGGGCGGGCUCCGAACCGGACACAGCAAAGCGCUCCUGGAUGGCUCGAACGGCAACAAAUGGUUCUAUGCUCUGGGUGCAUACACGUUCUGGAAGUCUGCCUACCCAGGCCCGAACAGUCCGGUGGAAAUGGUGGAGCUCUACGUCCACACAAAGGUCCCGCCGCCGUGCCUAGAAACUUCAGCGAUCGGCGCCACAAACAUCGCCCUGGACCGCGACCCUGUUGUCAGCUCCGAAUGCUACACAUCCCACAACCUUCGUAAGGGCGACUUGACUGAUGGCGACACCCGGACUCAUUCCACCGCGACCACCGAGUUCUGGCAUUCUUGCAACGGCGAGACAGAGUCGGCUAAGGUGGUGCUCGGCCAGGAGACGUGCGUGCGCGAGGUGAAGAUUUUCUCUCGACCUGACAGAAGUUCAUUUCAAUCGGCGGGCGUGAAUGCGGAAGUUCUGGUGAACGGACAGUGGCAGCAGUGUGGAGGCACCUCCACUGACGUGGGCGUGCGAAACUUCUUCACCUUCCAGUGUGCGCUUCUCGGCACCGAGGUGCGCAUCAUCCGCCAUGGAACGGGUGCUAUCAGCGUCUCGGAGAUGGAGGUCAAGGCCUCCAGCGACUCUUUGCCGCUGCCGGUCUCUGUGCCCGCAAAGACUUCUCGGGGCUAUGGUGCUUACAACAGACCCCCAAAAGCCAGAUGA